AAGUAUCACGUGUUAUUACAUUUAUUUGACUUUACCCGUAAAUAAUAUAUUUUAAUGUACCUUCCACUGUAUAAUUUAUAACUUUUGUAUUUUAUAUACUAAUGUAAAAUUACAAUAGAAUUUGUACGUUUCUAAAUUGUUUUUGUCAUUAUUAUUUACAAUUUAUGCUCCAUAGGACCAACUUUUAUAUCUUUUACCUACAAACUUGAUGUUAAAUUGUAAAUGACAAUUCAUUGGCUAUUACCAACUACAAAUGAUGGGCAGGUGUCUAGAGACUGUGUAGGAGCUGACUUUAUGCACAACAAUUGAAAGUAUUCUUUGUUGGGGAGUAAACCCAUGGCCUCCUGCAUGGAGGUACUCACUCUACCACACAGCAACACCUUCAUCCUCCCACGUAAUUUAUAACGUCAUUGACCCAUUAACCAUUCCAGCUGGGGGCCAUUCUGAACACACUGUGACAAGAAACUUUCCAGUUUCCCUGUAGUGCCUGAGUGUACAAGACAAGGAACACAGAAAGAAAGGAAGAAAGGAGCAAGAAAGACAUUUUGUACACAGAGUAGAGAUAGGAGUAAAGGGAGUCUUGAAGCUAGUCAAAAUUGUGUUAUGUAACCCGAAAGGAAUUGCAGUAAAAGGAGAAGCAACAAUUUAAGCUGCAGGUGGGUAUGGCAAGCCAUUCACACUAGUGAUGUAAGGAUUCAGGGAAGUCACUAAAAUGAAGCGAGGAAACUUGACUGUUGGGGUAGAUUGUUUUGUCUAAAAGGGACCAUUGUGAAGCAGCCUGUUUUCCUUAGGGUCCCCUUCAAAAUAUCGUCUUCUAUCAAUGUCAUCAUUGGAGCAAGGUCUCCAGAAAUCCUGAUCUGCAUUACCUGGUGUCCAUCCACGGCCAGCACUCUCCAUUUCAUAGCCUACACUUCCCCUUCUCCCUGUUUGUUGUUUGUUUGUUUUCCUCCACAGGCGGAUGAGACAAUAACUUUUGAAGACAAAAACUAAGAAAGAACUAAAUGUUUUGAGACUAUAUGCUUGAAAAUGUCUGUUCUCCACUUUACUGCUCUUUACUUUAGGAUAUUAAUGUUUCGCUUUGGGUGUUUUGGCAAUGACUUUGUGAAUGAAAGCCGUUUGGCAGGGUAUCCACGUCUUAAGCACUAGACAUUUGUAUUAUCAUUAUCCUGCUGCAUGGUCUCUAGAAACCAUCAUAGCAACCACAGUGCCCCAGAGCACCCACUCCUACAUAAAUGCUUCGUGCUCAGUCUGUACAAUGAUUCCUGUAUGUUCAAGCUUUCACCAUGCUCUUGGAUGAGCAAUCGAUGUGUUCUUCCCUGGGGAAGACUUCUCUCUUCUGCUGUCACUCCUUGGGUAUCUGUGGCUCUUUGUGGAGGGUUGAGGCCUUCUGGGCUCUUCCCUUCCCACGUUAGCCUGUCCUUUGGUGUCCCUCCAUCAGCCUGUGAUUUGGCAGCCAUAUUGGGGAGACUUCCUGGCUGUAGCUUCUGUGGAUUCUAGGAGACACAAUCUCACAGCAGACUUCCUGCUCAUGUGCUCUUCAGUCUUCCUGCCUCUUCCACAGAGAUCCUUAGGUGUAGGAGUGGUGGUGUGCGAUGCCUUAGUUGGGACUGGGCUCUGCAAGUGCUGUGGUUUGCUAUAAGGAUCGCUGUCCCUGUUGCAAAGAGAAGUUUCCUCGACAUAGGGUGAGAGCUGCACCCAUCCAUGGGGGUAAGGGCGCACAUUUACAGUGGAGUCAGGGGUCGUGCUGGAUUAGUAAGGUACAGUUGUCGGUUCUCCUCCACAGUCCAUGAGUUCACUAGCUCUGAGUACAUGGCUGGGUUUCCAGGACCAAACAUGAUGUCCUUCCUGUUGAGCAGGCCUUGAGACUGAUUAGAGAUCUGUUACUCUAUGUAUUGGACAAACACGUUAGCAAGUAACACUGAGUUGUCAGUAUUGCAUCUAUGUUGCACUAAGGCAACAACUAAAGGCACUUCUUCAAGAGCAGGUCCAGAUUCAGAUUCUCUAAGUUCACAUUCUGUGUCUCCAUCUUUCGUCUUGCAUGCCUGUGAUUCUGUGCCUGCUUUUACCUUUUACAUUGUAGUUCUCUGAUAUUUUUCUCUUAGUAUAUAUGAAUGAGUAUGAACAUUGGAUAUUACACUGUAUCAGUCUCCAUCUUGUCCCCUUGAGAAAGUCUGCCGUGAAUCUGCCUUGCAUUUCAUCUAGACUGGAUGGCCAGCAAGCUGAAGAGUUUCCCUGUCUCUGUCCUUGAGUCCUGAGAUUGCUGGUGCACAGCCCACCCCUGCCUUUAUGUGGUCCUGAGGAGUAGAGAAAUCAUGUCCUGUGUCCUUAUGUCUAGUGCUCUACCCACUGGUCCAUCUCUCUAGCCCCUGCUGCUUUGUUUCUAAGAGCAUUCUUUUCUUUGAGGAUUCCUUUGUUUGUUUGUUUGUUUGUUUGUUUGUUUGUUUGAGACAGGUCUCAUAUAUAGCCCCUGCUGACAUCAGACUUACAGAGAUUGACCUGAUUCUGUCUCACAGGUUCUGGGGUUAAAGGUGUGUGUCACCAUGCCCAGGGAGAAUCCUUUAAAGAAUCCUGUUUUGCUCUGUGGCUAUAAUAGUUGUUUGUCUUUGAAGAUAUUAAUUAUAGGCCAAAGGGUUGGCUCAGCAGGUAAAGACAUGUGCGACACAGCACAACGGCCUGACUUUAGUUCCUAGGCCCACUUGAUAGAAGAAAAUUACUGUAACCUAAAGGGACUCUUAACUCCCCUAUGUGUCAUGGUACACAUGUGCACACACUAAAAUACAAACAAAAUAACAUGCAGUAGAAGCUUAAUACACUAUUUCAAUGAGUAAAUGUAUAUGGAAUAUUUCCCUUCAAGGCCUCUGUCCCCCCUUGUAUCAGUUUCCCCCAUACUUCCCUGGUCUUUAUCUUGGAAGGUAGACACUUUCCUCAGAAGCACAGGUCUUGCUCACCUGUUCUUCCUGACACUGUGAGAAAGGACGUCUCCAGGACCUACCCAAGGCCCUUGCCAUCCUGUGCUAGGACCUGUCAUUUUGCCCAGGCUGUCCAUGUUGCCCUGUUGACUUGCCCUUCUUCUGCCAGGCACAGGCUGCCCUUUGUCCUCCUAGAGUGCAUGCCCCCUGGGACUGAAAGGCCUGCAUCCCUAUGGUGCUUCAUAGCCCAUGGGAGCUAAGUAAAGAUUCCUGACACCUGAGUUUAGGGUCUUGAUUUUGCAUCAUUUAAAGAUAGUCCUGCAUAGACCAAAGGGUGUGUUACCAGUUUCAGGUACAGAUCAGUUGUUUCUUAAGUUAAGCACCGGCACGGUCGGGGUGUCUGCUGUGGUUUUUCUCAAGCUGAUUGAUGGCUUUUUGGAGUUGUCAACGUGACACACCUGGGAAGCGGAGACGUCACCAUACUUCCCCCCACCAGAGUGGCCUGUGUGAUGUUUUCCUGACUGUGGGUUGAUGGAGGGAGGCACAGGCCACUGUGUGCAGCUCCAGCACAGGGCAGGUGUGUGUGCUGUAGUACACAGCAGGGUUAGGGAGCCAAAGGGAAGCAUCCAGAAAGCCUCCUGUCCCUGCUUUCUUCCUUCUCUGCAUGAUGACUGGAGCCUGUUAGUCAUAUGAACCCUUUCGUCCCCUACAUUAGUUUGGGCCUGGGUUUUCAUUACAUCUGCAGAGAAAUAAACUAGAGCACUUUUUAAAUGACUGUGAGAGUUGAGCAUCGACAAGGAAACCAUACCUAUCUGUACUUCCUCUCAGGCUGUUACUUGCCAUCACCACCCAGGUUUAGAGAAACGAAACUAGAAACUCCCCAAUUGCAUUUGGAGGAGUGCAGGUACCCAGCCAUGGCCCAAGAGACAUCACUGACCCCUGACCCAGUCCUCACUGGUUUCUGUCAGGUUACAGAGAAGAUGGAGAAGAGGACAUGUGUCCUCUGCCCUGAAGGCCACGACUGGAGUGUGAUUUACUUUUCACCAUCAGCAAAUAUAGCUGCUCAUGAGAACUGUCUGCUGUAUUCAUCAGGACUGGUGGAGUGUGAGGCCCAUGAUCCAUUUAAUAUAGCUAAAAAUUUUGAUGUAAGUUCAGUACUUGAGAAGAUCUGGAACGGAAGCACGUCGAAAUGCUCAUUUUGUAAUAACGAGGGAGCCAUCAUGGGGUGUGAUGAAACUUCCUGUGCCAAGAAUUACCACUUACUCUGUGCCAAGGAGGACCGCGCAAUUCUACAAGUUGGAGUCAAAAGAACUUACAAAAUAUUUUGCCCAGAACAUCCUCCACAACAAGAAGAGACCACUGAACGUGCCAAUGGCCUAAGCAUCAAGAAGAGGAGAGGAAGGAAGAAACGACGUUCAUUGGGCCCUCCCGCACAGCCAAAAACGAUGAAAUGCAGGAGAUCUAGAAGACAUGUGACAGGAGAGGCUCUCGGCCAGAGAGAUGCAGCUGUCAAAGCUCCUUUUCUUAAGAAAUGCCUGGAAGCAGGACUUCUUACUGAAUUAUUUGAACAGAUACAACAAAAAAUGAUUUCAAUUCAUGGAAGAUUCAUGGAUGAGACUGCUUCAGAGUCAGACUAUGAAGGGAUCGAGACCUUAGUGUUUGGCUGUGGACUAUUUAAAGACACAUUAAUAAAAUUAGAAGAAGCAAUCAAGAGUAAAACUUGUGAAUAUGAAGAAAGGCUGAACCAGAUGAAGCAGAAGCUUGAGGCACUCGCACACUUACAACAAAACCUGCACUCAUUUCAAGAAUGUGGGGACCUGGACCCCUCAGGCUCUACCUCAGGGUCCUUGCUACCUCCUGAGGACCACCAGUGCAGAUGCCAGGAGUCUCCUGAAGUGCAAGCAGGCUCAGGAGACAGCCUGUGACAGAUCCAGUCCCCUCCAGCUCUGACCUGCUACUGCUCAGCCAGGCUCCAUACCUGACAGGUGUUUCUUGUCUCCUCUCUAGUCAUCUCACUUGUCCUGCCUUCUCCUGACAGUAACAGCUGUUCCUCAGGUCAACUGGAUCAGGCCCCCAUGUCCUCUAAGGAGCAGGAAGUCCUCCUACCUACCCUACCCACCCUAGUCAGGGGCAGCCACACCACAGCCUUUGCUCAUCCUUUUGUGGAAUCUUAGAGCUUUCUUCUUGCUUCUGCUACUCCUGCAGUAGGUCUGUGUCAUCAUGGUCUCCUCUCAGUAUUAGUGACUUCAUCAGAAUGGAGCAGAGCCUCACUCCUGUGCAUAGCUCGCUGGUACCCUGGGUUUCUGCUCACUACCACCUUCCCAACAUUGAGCACACUUAAUAAAUGCUUGACAAAA